AGAAGCUAGAAACAGUGGCGCCCACUCGAAACUAUGCUGUGCAAGCAUAAAGUAGGUUUCCUUCGCGAAUUGGUCAGUCAGACAUUGCAACCAUCCUUGGUGGACCAAGCCUGCUGACUUUUCUCCCCGAAUCUCAAAUCCACUCAAGCCCGCUUGUCCCACGCGACGAUCCCAGUCGCUGGAACCCAGAGAAACCCAGAGACACCCUAAACCCGAAUCGUCAGAAAGUUAGUCAUAACAAAAACGUCGCGCUCCAAGUCAUCAUGGGUCAGGCGGAACGGUUUUUCGAAUCUGAUUGUUUCAGCAGCGGCGGUCUCUGGGAGGCUGACGCUAUCGACCCCAGCAGUUGGGCGUGGACCGACACUGGCGAGUCCAUCCUUCCUUCACCGUCACUCCAGGGAAUCCAAGGAAUGCCAAGAAUGGCAGGAAUGCCAGCGCUGACGUCAGGAAUAUUAGAUCAGCUUCCGCCCUGCGGAAUUGCAGGAGCCUCGGGCGUCGUUUCCCCCGGUCGCAACGGCCAUGUAUCAGCCGAACCGUCAGCCUCUGGCGCGGCGGCGGCUGCGGCAGGAGCACGGGAGAUUCCGGGUAGACUUGAGGCUGACGGUUCUACCUCUGCUGCUGGUACUGCUGCUACCAGCGGCGUUAGCUUCGUGGCGGCGGGAGGGUAUUUUGCGGAAAGCCUCGCGGCGGCGGCGGUGAGCAGCGCGGAGCAUCAGCGCGACGUGUGCGUUGCGCGCUUCCUGGAGCUGCAGGCGCAGAUUCAGCACGAAGCGCCACAAGGCACCAGCGAGAGCGGGGCUGCGGCGGCGACCGCAGGUGAGGCGGCGACAGCAGGCGAAAUGCAUCCAGCAGGAUACGGUGGUUACCCCAUCCCUGGCGAUUGCGAGGCUGUCUUAGAUGGGGCAUCAGUAGCACUAGAUCCCCCUAAUGUCAGCGUCUCAGCUGGUGCCACAACUGCCGCUCCUGCUCAUGCCUCUACUGGCUCUGCAGCCCCUGCUGCUGCAGGCCCGCCUGCUCCUGCUGCUGCUGCUGCAGCUGCUCCUUCUCCGCCCUCAACCAGUGGAAGCGAGAGGGGCGGUACUACUACCGAUAUGGGGCCUUUCGCAAUGACAAUGUCGGGGCUUCUGCAGCAGAUUAAAAAGAGCAAAAUGCAGACCGUAGCUGGGACGGACUUGCGGGGAUGUCACUCGGCAGCGCCGUGUAACGUGGUUACACUGCGAGACACGGCGGGUUACAACAGCAGCUCUAGCAGCAGCAGCAGCAGUGCGGAGGAGGAGGAGGGCGGCAGCAGCAGCACUGGCGGCAUGCGGGACGAUCGAGCCUCUUCGCCAUUCUCAGCGGGGAUUGCUCGGGCUCUAAGCAAUGCUGCUCUUAAUGAUCCCGAGAGUCCGGCUUCUGUCGGAGCGGUAACCCCCGCAGUUACUUCUUCCAGUCCCUCGCCUGCUGCAACUGUUACAGGAAAUGCAGCAAGGCCAGCAGCGCAGAACCAAGCCAUGACUCAUGCAGCAGCUGCAGUACCUGAUGCCCCAUGCUAUCCAGUCAGUAGAGACCGGAACACCAUGCUAGCAGCGCGCUUGCGGGCUGCAUUGGCAAGGCGAGGAAACGACACACCCCUUCUAGUUGAUACCGGUCGUUCCCCGGUCCCGGGUAGGUCUGUUCAAAGGCUUGAAGGGGAGUCUACUCAAGCCUCGGUGCACGACCACCAGACAGCAGCGGCAUGCCCCUUACUGAGCAUCCCUCAAUUCGUCAGUGACACCUCCGUUCCCUCUCCGCCGCCCGCAUCGGAAGUACCGGUAACAGGAAAUGCUUCCCAGAUGGUUCCAGCAUCACCAGCAGUGCAACUGGAGGAAGCCUCUAACCCCCAGGGGCGCAGGGCGGGGGACAAGCGCCAACCCAUGGAAAAGCAGAUUAGGGAGAUAAGGGAGAGGGGAAACAAGAGGGUCAGGCUUCUAGGGAACAAGGUGCCUUCUCCCAUGGGCGUGACUCCAGUGGGGCCCGUGCAGGGGUGCCUGCAGUCAGGGAGCGGCAGCAGCAAAAGCCCUGGCCCUUGCUCCGUCUCUGCUACUCCUAGUGCAUCUGGCCCCUCACCUGCAGCAGCAGCUGUGAAUGCUGCCGGUUCUGGCGCUGCUGAAUUCGUUGCUUCCCCUGCCUCUGGUGCAUCUGCUACGGCUACUGGAGUGGCUGCUGCUGUGAGUGCUCCCGCCUCUCCUGUUUCUAAGGCUGGUAGCAGCAGCCCAACUGAUGCGGGCUACAGGUGGCACAACUAUGGAAACAAGAUCAUUGCACCAAGGCAGGAAGCUCCUUUCCUGAGGAAAUACUACCGCUGCAGCUCUUCGGCCGCCACAGGAUGCCGGGCAACAAGAAGCAUUGACAUUGUCGAUGGGCAGCCCCCGAAAAUUACGUUCCAUGGAUCACACAACCAUGAACCGCUCCCAAGGAAAGGAAGACGGGCCCCUGCCUAAGUUAUAGACUGGAGCCCAGCACUUCGUUCCGUGAAUGAGAAUUCAUACACACAUUUUGUUCAUAGAUUUGUUCCAUCGUUGUUUAUU